AGGAGGGAGGGGGUGGGGAGGAGGGAACCUCACGUCACGUGACAGGGGCGGCGCGGCCCGGGGUGUCAGUGUGGAGGAGACUGAGUAUUCUACCUUGUAAAUACUGUUAUUUGUAUAUACUGUAAAUGAUGACGUCGGUGGGCACUAACCGAGCCCGGGGAAACUGGGAACAACCUCAAAACCAAAACCAGACACAGCACAAGCAGCGGCCACAGGCCACUGCGGAACAAAUUCGACUUGCACAGAUGAUUUCGGACCAUAAUGAUGCUGACUUUGAGGAGAAGGUGAAACAAUUGAUUGAUAUCACAGGCAAGAACCAGGAUGAAUGUGUCAUUGCUUUGCAUGACUGCAAUGGAGAUGUCAACAGAGCCAUCAAUGUCCUACUGGAAGGAAACCCAGAUACGCAUUCAUGGGAGAUGGUCGGGAGGAAGAAGGGAGUCUCCGGACAGAAGGAUGGCGGCCAAACGGAAUCCAACGAGGAAGGCAAAGAAAAUCGAGACCGUGACCGAGACUAUAGUCGGCGACGUGGCGGGCCACCAAGACGAGGGAGAGGUGCCAGCCGUGGACGAGAGUUUCGGGGUCAGGAAAACGGAUUAGAUGGCACCAAGAGUGGAGGGCCUUCUGGAAGAGGUACAGAAAGAGGCAGAAGAGGACGUGGCCGAGGCAGAGGUGGCUCUGGUAGACGAGGAGGAAGGUUUUCUGCUCAAGGAAUGGGAACCUUUAACCCCGCUGAUUACGCAGAGCCGGCCAGUACCGACGAUAACUACGGCACUAACAGCGGCGGCAGUACGUGGAACAACACUGGCCACUUCGAACCAGAUGAUGGGACGAGUGCUUGGAGGACUGCAACCGAGGAGUGGGGAACUGAAGAUUGGAAUGAAGAUCUGUCUGAGACCAAGAUCUUCACGGCCUCUAACGUGUCUUCAGUGCCUCUGCCUGCGGAGAAUGUGACAAUCACUGCUGGUCAGAGAAUUGACCUUGCUGUUUUGUUGGGGAAGACACCAUCUUCAGUGGAGAAUGAUUCAUCUAAUCUGGAUCCAUCUCAGGCUCCUUCUCUUGCCCAGCCUCUGGUGUUCAGUAAUUCAAAGCAGAGUGCCAUAACCCAGCCUGCUUCCGGAAACACAUUUUCUCAUCACAGUAUGGUGAGCAUGUUAGGGAAAGGAUUUGGUGACGUGGGCGAAGCCAAAGGUGGCAGCACCACAGGCUCGCAGUUCUUGGAGCAGUUCAAGACGGCGCAGGCCUUGGCCCAGUUGGCGGCACAGCAUUCGCAGUCUGGAACCACCACCACCUCCUCUUGGGACAUGGGCUCUGCCUCACAGUCCCCAUCGCUGGUGCAGUACGAUUUGAAGAACCCAAAUGAUUCAACCGUACACAGCCCCUUUACCAAACGCCAGGCUUUCACCCCGUCUUCAACCAUGAUGGAGGUGUUCCUUCAGGAGAAGCCACCGGCAGUGGUCCCCUCCGCCGCCGCACCUCCACCCCCUUCUUCUCCUCUGCCGAGCAAGCCCACCUCGGCCCCGCAGAUGUCCCCCGGCUCUUCAGACAACCCGUCUUCUAGCCCUCAGCCGGCCCAGCAGAAAUUGAAACAACAGAAGAAAAAGGCCUCCUUGACUUCAAAGAUCCCUGCUCUGGCUGUGGAGAUGCCUGGCUCGGCAGAUAUCUCAGGGCUGAACCUGCAGUUCGGGGCUUUGCAGUUCGGGUCAGAGCCCGUCCUUUCCGAUUACGAGUCCGCCCCCACCACGAGCGCCUCUUCAAGCCAGGCUCCCAGCAGCCUCUAUACCAGCACGGCCAGUGAAUCUUCAUCCACAAUUUCAUCUAACCAGAGUCAGGAGUCCGGUUAUCAGAGCGGUCCAAUUCAGUCGACAACCUAUACCUCCCAAAAUAAUGCUCAGGGCCCUCUGUAUGAACAGAGGUCCACACAGACGCGACGGUACCCCAGCUCCAUCUCCUCAUCGCCCCAAAAGGACCUGACUCAGGCAAAGAAUGGCUUCAGCUCCGUGCAGGCCCCGCAGUUACAGACCACACAAUCUGUUGAAGGUGCUACAGGCGCUGCGGUGAAAUCUGACUCCCCUUCUGCUUCGGGCAUCCCCCCUCUCAGCGAAACGGUGUCUGCAGCGUCCUUACUGACGACAGCCGGUCAGCACUCAUCCUCCUUGGGCGGCUUGAGCCACGGCGAGGAGAGUCCGAAUGCCACCACCACGCAGCACAGCAGCCCCUUGGCCGCGCAGCAGAACACCCUGUCGUCGUCUACGUCUUCUGGGCGCACGUCUGCAUCUACUCUUCUGCACACAAGCGUGGACAGUGAGGCGAGCCUCCAUUCUUCCUCCAGCACUUUCUCCACCACAUCCAGCUCGGUUUCCGCGCCUCCCCCCGUGGCCAGUGUCUCCUCCAGUCUGAGCAGCGGCAGCAGCUUGGGCCUCGGGCUCAGCAGCAACUGCACCGUCACAGCCUCAACCCGGAGCUCGGUUGCUACAACUUCAGGAAAAGCUCCUCCCAACCUCCCUCCCGGGGUCCCGCCAUUGUUGCCUAAUCCGUACAUUAUGGCUCCGGGGCUGUUACACGCCUACCCGCCACAAGUUUAUGGUUAUGAUGACUUACAGAUGCUUCAGACCAGAUUUCCCUUGGAUUACUACAGCAUCCCGUUUCCCACGCCCACCACUCCGCUGACUGGGAGGGACGGUAGCCUGGCCAGCAACCCUUACUCUGGUGACCUCACGAAAUUUGGCCGUGGGGAUGCCUCCUCCCCGGCCCCGGCCACAACCUUGGCCCAACCCCAACAGAACCAGACUCAGACUCACCACACCACGCAGCAGACAUUCCUGAACCCGGCGCUGCCUCCUGGCUACAGUUACACCAGCCUGCCGUACUACACAGGGGUUCCGGGCCUCCCCAGCACCUUCCAGUAUGGGCCUGCUGUGUUCCCUGUGGCUCCUACCUCUUCCAAGCAGCAUGGUGUGAAUGUCAGUGUGAACGCAUCGGCCGCCCCUUUCCAACAGCCAAGUGGAUAUGGGUCUCACGGAUACAACACUGGUGUCUCCGUCACCUCCAGUAACACGGGCGUGCCAGAUAUCUCGGGUUCUGUGUACUCCAAAACCCAGCAGUCCUUUGAGAAACAAGGUUUUCAUUCCGGUACUCCCGCUGCCUCCUUCAACUUGCCUUCAGCCCUAGGAAGUGGGGGGCCCAUCAAUCCGGCCACAGCUGCUGCCUACCCGCCUGCCCCCUUUAUGCACAUUCUGACCCCCCAUCAGCAGCCGCACUCCCAGAUCCUGCACCAUCACCUGCAGCAGGACGGCCAGCUACCAUAUUUGCAGAUGGUUCUCUGUUGCCAGCGCCAGCAGGAGGAGCAGACGGGCAGCGGGCAACGUAGCCAGACCAGCUCCAUCCCGCAGAAGCCCCAGACCAACAAAUCUGCCUACAACAGCUACAGCUGGGGGGCGACUGAGGUCCUGACCCUCCUCUUCUCCCGGUCCCAUCUUCUGAGAGGGCUUCUCAGCCUGGCAACUACGGAAACAGCAUCAAAGAAAGGAAUGGGUGGUGGGGGUCCGCUGCCCCCUACCCCCAGCGGCCCGCCCCAUGCCUCAGCUUCACGUCUGUCCCGUUCCCACACCAUCCCCACUCUGUUGUAUGUAUUAUAGGAUUUGUAUUUUCUCCUUUUUUUUUUUUCUUUCCCUUUCCUCUCCUACCCCCUUGCAUUCAAGAUUAUGAAACUUUGCUGUGGGCCCUGCCUUCCUUUUCCUCCUCCGGUUCACCCUGGUGGUGUAUGGGUGAGGUGGGGAGGGGGGAGCCCAAAUAUAUAUCAGCCCAACAGCCCUGAGUCUCCUCCUUUAUUAUUAGGAAACAAAACAACAACAAAAAACGGCGUCAUGAACAUGAACAGCAUUGUCACAUGAAUUAGUUGAAGUGUUUUUUUUUGUACUGUGUCCUCCAAUUUAAUGGAUUAAUGUGUCUUGUAUAUAUAAAAAGAAAACCUCUACCUUCA